AUGUCAGCUCUGGAAUAUUGUGAAACGUUCGGAUUAUGUAGGAAGUCUUCAUGGAAAAAUGUUCACAAAUGUAAAUUAUGCCCCUAUUUUACAACUAUCCUUACCCUUAUGAUCAACCACGUGAGACGACACCGUUUUCUCGUGGAACAAUUUACUUGCGACAACGCCAAAAUUGAAGCUUAUUACUGUAAAGAUUGCGAUUUUAAGACGGAACUAACAGUUUUGUUCAAAGAACACAUUAAUAAAUAUCAUGGGCUUAAGAGAGAAUCUAGAGACGAUUUAUUAAGUGAGGACUUCCACAUACAAAAUUACGUCUGCGAAAAAUGCGACUUUGAAACAAAUCUCUCGAUAAAGUGGCUUCAGCAUACUUUAACAUGCACGAGAAAUAAAGAAAAUCCUCAAAGUGUGACUUCUUCGUCACAGAAUGACACAUACAGUUUCGAUUUCAAGCGAACUGACGAAACAAGUUGGUAUUACUGUGUGCAAUGUUCCUACAAAGCUAAACUCAAAGGUACUUUAAAAUCUCAUAUUAUGAGAAAACACGAGAUGAACAAGCGAUAUGCAUGCGAGAAAUGUCCAUUUAAAUGUAGAUGGAAAUCACUUUUAAAAAUACACAUAAAUCGAAUUCACUUAGAUGAACAAGAUGUUGAAUGGCAUAAGUGCAAUAAGUGUGUAUUCAAGGCCAAAGCAAAAAGUAAUUUAAGGAGCCAUGUAAAAAGACGUCACUUGAACGAUGAAGACGUUAUAUGGUAUAAAUGCAAUGAGUGUGUUUUUAAAAGUAAAGCUAAAGGUGAUCUAAAAAAACACGCAAUUAGAAAACAUCUAGACGAAGAAAAAAUUAACUGGCACGAAUGUGAACAAUGCCCAUUUAAAGGUAAAUGUGCGUGGGAUUUAAAAAGCCAUAUUGUUUUUAGACAUUUGGAUGAAGAAAACGUUAAGUGGCAUCAGUGUCAUUAUUGUCCAUAUAAGGCGAAAUCCAAUGCUAUUUUAAAGUCCCAUAUAAAUCAUCGCCAUUUGGAUGAAACUGAAAUUAAAUGGUACAAAUGCAAUGAGUGUUCUUUCAGAACGAAAUAUAAACAUUAUCUAAAGAAACACGCAAUUACAAAACAUCUAGAUGAAGAAAAAAUUAACUGGCACGGAUGUGAAAAAUGCCCAUAUAAAACUAAAUAUGCGUCGAAUUUAAAAAAGCAUAAGAUGUUUAAACAUUUGGAUCAAGAAAACAUUAAGUGA